UGGAUCGAGACGAUUCUUGAGAAAGGCGAUGUCGUGAACGUGAUUGGGGAGUUUGAUGCCUCUGGCCAAUGCGUGAUCGACAAGAGCGAAGGACUGCUGAUUUCCAACCCGGACUAUUUAAUCCCCAUCACGACCGUUUCGCAAUCGUACGAAUGCAGCCGUCGCGCGGUUCUAGGCCAGCGAGUGAAGAGCGCGAUGGAAUCGAACGUGGCGACCGCGUACGGCACGAUCGUGCAUGAGCUCUUCCAGACGUGCAUGCUCGAGCGGGACUUUUCGACCGAGUUUAUGGAUCAGCAGUUGAAAGGGAUAAUCUCGAGGAAUAUCGAGAUGCUGUUUUUCGUGAUGGAGCCGUUGGAUCGGGUGCGGAAACAUGUAAGGGAGCGGUAUCCGCUGAUUCAGAACUGGGCGUCGAAGCACGUUGCUGCUCUACAGAAGAACCCCGGCAGAAAGUCUAACAACGACAUCUCGAUCGUGGAGAUCCUGGAAACCGAGGAACGCAUCUGGUCACCGAUGUACGGACUAAAAGGAAGUCUCGACAUGACAAUCCGAGCAGCAGGAGGAUCCCAGGGCGGCGUGCGCACGAUGCCGUUUGAAAUCAAGACCGGCCGCAAGACAGCGAUCGCGAACCACCGCGCGCAGACGAUUCUGUACACGCUCAUGUUAUCUGAUCGGUACGAUAUGCCGGUGAUCCAAGGGAUUUUGUACUAUCUCGAUUUCUCAGAGGCGAUCUCGGUGCCGGCUACGCAGCUCGAGAUCGGCGCGCUGAUCCGGGGCCGGAAUUUCGUUGCGCACAGCGGGCAGAAGGCGACGGUGUCGGCUCCGUUGGUGAGUAACACCGGGCGCUGUAAUUCGUGUUUUUCCGUAAAACCCUGUUUUCUGUAUUACAAAGCGGCGAACGGGCCGGCGGAGCCGCUGGAGAAGACAGAGUAUGAGAAGAUGACGGAGAACGUGGGUGAGGAGGAGAAGAAGUUUCUGCUGCAUUGGGACGAGCUUUUGACGAUGGAAGAGAAAAGCAUGGGGAAGUUCUUGAAUGAGAUGUGGCUCAUGAGCGGCGUCGAGCGGCAGCGCGUCGGACGCUGUUUCGCGUCGCUGAGGGUCGAGUCAAAGAGCUCGGCCGUGCUGGACGGGAGCAGUCGGAUAGAGUACACACUUUGUCGGGCGGCGGAUGUCGAGGCUGCUGUCGAGGACGGCAGCGGGUCGUUUUUGGAUUCGCAAAUCAAUGUCGGCGACCAGAUCCUUGUGUCUGACAGUCUCGGACACUUAGCGCUGGCGAGCGGGAUACUGAACGCGGUGGGACCGGACUGGAUCGCGAUCUCUGUCGAUCGAGAAUUCGACACGCGGAGCAGGUACGGUGCGGCAAAGACGGCGACGGAGAAAAUCACGUAUCGGGUUGAGAAGGACGAGUUUAGCAAUAUUAUGGCGAUGAUUCGGAAUAAUAUCAUACAGCUGCUGAUGGAUCCUGGGUGUGUGGCGAAGAAGAGGUUGAUUGUGAACUUGGACGCGCCGAGGUUUGUCGGGCAGAGACCGGGGUCGCAGGCGACAGCGCUGCGGGUAUCCCGCGGAUUGAAUGUUGACCAGAAGCGAGCUGUGAAGCAUGUGUUGGCUGCGGAGGACUACGCGUUGAUAAUGGGCAUGCCAGGGACGGGCAAGACGACGACGAUCGUUCGCGUAAUCGAAGCCAUACUUGCGCAAAAGAAAUCGAUUCUGCUGGCGUCAUACACGCACACUGCGGUCGACAAUAUCCUGCUCAAGAUCAAGUCCAGUGCGUCGAGUAUUCUGCGGCUUGGGCCGGUCGGAAAGGUGAGUUUUGUUUGGUAUUGAGGACCAGAAGUGGAUGUUGACGUGCUUUGUAGAUCCAUCCCGAAGUGAGGAAGUUUGUCGUGGCGCAGUCGAAUCUGCCGGAUAAUUUUGCGGAUUUGCAGAAAUACUACUUUGACUCGCAGAUAGUAGCGACGACCUGUCUCGGCAUUGGCAGUCCGCUGUUUACAAAACGCAGGUUCGACUACUGUAUCAUCGACGA